UUUUAUGAGUGUUGUGGAUCAAUAAAGAAUUUAAGAUGGGUAGGAGAGUGUUAUGCUUAUGCAUGUUUCUUGGGGCAUUAUUUAUGUUAUUCAGUGCCCAAAAUGCAUUAGUUAGUAGUGCUUUGACUUCUCAAUUGCAAGAAGAAAUCACAAGAAUCAACGAAGAAGGGCCUUAUAUAGGUUUGGUCAUACCAAAUUCUUUUGAACUCAAUCCUCUUCUUCAAAAUCCAGCCUACACUCCCAGUGAAAAUAUUAUUGACUUUGCAGGAAGGAGAUUCCGCUUUGGAUCCAUUGGCGAUAAGCCUGUUAUAUUGGUCAUGACUGGAUUGAGUGUGAUAAAUGCAGCAAUUACUACACAGCUUCUUUUAAGCAUUUUCAACAUAGAAGGAGUAGUGCAUUACGGCAUUGCUGGAAAUGCAAACCCAUCCUUGAAUAUUGGAGAUGUUGCAAUUCCUCAAUUUUGGGCUCAUUUGACACUUUGGAGCUGGCAGAGAUAUGGAGAAGGGCCUAGUAAUACAUUACCCUUGGAACAAAAUGGAGACUACACAAGAAACGUAGGGUACCUAAAAUUUGGAGAUUUCACGUCAAAUAAUGUAAGUUGGGGAGAUUCAUUUGAUAACCUUCUAAACAGAAUAUGGUACCAACCAGAAGAAGUUUUUCCAGUUGAUGGAAUUCCGGAACAAAGGCAACACGCUCUCUGGGUUCCUGUUGAUUAUAAUUACUACCAAAUUGCUACCAGGCUGAAGAAGUUGAAACUUGAUGCAUGCAUAAACUCAACAACAUGCUUGUCCACAACACCAAAAGUGGAAAUGGUUGAAAGAGGAGCAAGUGCAAGCAUAUACAUAGACAACGCAGCAUAUAGAAGCUUCAUCUACAACAAGUUCCAUGUCACCCCGGUGGAGAUGGAAAGUGCAUCGGUGGCACUCAUUUGCCUCCAACAAAGGGUCCCUUUCAUUGUCAUUAGGGCUCUCUCCGACCUGGCCGGCGGCGGCUCCUCCGACUCCAACGAGGCCGACACAUUUGCGCCGCUUGCUGCCACCAAUUCGGUUAAGGUCGUUAUUGAGUUUAUCAAGCUUUUGCCAUUAAAAAGCCCUAAGUGGUCGCCCAUGUAACAAUAAUAAUGUUUGUUUGUUUGUUUUUCUAGGGUUUUAAUAUUAUUAUUCCAUGCAUUCCUGAUGCAAAAAACAUGUGGACCUUAUAUCUGCUUUAAAUUGAGAAUAAGCAUCUUAGUGAAACCUGAAAAUAAUAUCUUAUCUACA